AUGGGGGACGUUGAUCCUGAAACCCUCUUGGAAUGGCUGUCAAUGGGACAGGGCGAUGAGCGUGACAUGCAAUUGAUUGCUUUGGAACAAUUGUGUAUGCUUUUGUUGAUGUCUGACAAUGUGGAUAGAUGUUUUGAAAGUUGUCCACCCAGAACUUUUCUGCCUGCACUUUGCAAAAUUUUCCUUGAUGAAUUGGCACCGGAAAAUGUUUUGGAAGUCACCGCCCGUGCCAUUACAUACUACCUCGACGUGUCUGCAGAAUGUACUCGUCGUAUUGUAGCUAUUGAUGGAGCUAUCAAAGCUAUAUGCAAUCGUUUGGUAGUUGCAGAUCUAUCAUCCAGAACAUCCCGUGAUUUAGCUGAACAAUGCAUCAAGGUGUUAGAGCUGAUAUGUACGAGGGAAGCGGGAGCGGUAUUUGAUGGGGGCGGCUUAAAUUGUGUCCUAUCGUUUAUUCGAGAUUGUGGCUCUCAAGUUCACAAAGAUACACUACAUUCUUCGAUGGCCGUUGUAUCACGUUUGUGUACGAAAGUAGAGCCGAAUACUCCUUGUAUCCAAAAUUGUGUUGAAAGCCUCAGUACGCUAUUGCAGCAUGAGGAUCCGAUGGUUUCGGAUGGAGCGUUGAAAUGUUUCGCUUCUGUCGCCGAUCGUUUUACACGCAAGUGGGUUGAUCCCGCGCCAUUAGCUGAGUAUGGGUUAGUGAAUGAGCUACUUAAACGCUUAAGUAAUGCGGCGGGCCCUGUUGCAAAUACUAGUUUGAACGUUCCGAAUGCUACAACACCGACAACAGCUGGUUCAUCGGCUUCAGGUGGACACGGAGAAGCAGUAACGCCUUCCGUCACAACAUCUGUCCAAAAAACACAAACUGGCGAUGCAAGUCGUUCAUCACAAUCGAUAUCAACAACGAUUUCCCUUUUAUCAACACUUUGUCGCGGUUCGUCAUCAAUUACGCAUGAUCUAUUACGCUCCCAACUACCAGAUGCUAUCGAAAGAGCUCUUAAAGGAGACGAACGAUGCGUUUUAGAUUGUAUGAGGUUGGCGGACCUGUUACUUUUACUUCUUUUUGAAGGCCGUCAAGCUCUAAACCGUGUCAGCGCUGCGCAAGGUGGCCAAUUGGCCUCUCGUACACGGCGAAGUGAUUCCACUGUAGAACGAACACAUCGUCAAUUAAUCGAUUGCAUACGUUCUAAAGACACUGAAGCCUUGCAGGAGGCUAUAGAAUCUGGUGGCAUAGACGUCAAUUGCAUGGACGAUGUUGGGCAAACAUUGUUAAACUGGGCUUCGGCCUUUGGUACAUUGGAAAUGGUUGAAUAUCUGUGCGAAAAGGGAGCAGACGUAAACAAGGGUCAACGCAGCUCUUCCCUGCACUAUGCCGCAUGCUUUGGACGCCCAGGAAUAGCAAAAGUCCUACUUAAAUAUGGUGCGUAUCCUGACUUGCGUGAUGAAGAUGGAAAAACGCCCCUUGAUAAGGCAAGAGAACGCAAUGAUGAUGGACAUCGUGAAGUUGCUGCGAUUUUACAAUCACCAGGUGAAUGGAUGGCUGCCGGACAUAGUUUGGUCAAUAAGGAAGGCUCAGACGAUAACGCUCCAAUCGAGCCUCGUGGAGAUCCAGAGAUGGCUCCAGUUUAUCUUAAACUGUUUUUGCCAAUGUUUUGUCGUACUUUCCAAGGCACGAUGCUGAGCAGUGUUCGCCGAGCCAGUUUGGGUUUAAUUAAAAAGAUGGUUCAGUAUGCAAAUCCACAAGUCCUUAAAGGCCUAUGUAAUUCUCAACCCGAUACAUUAUCCGCUGAUGCAGCAGUGCCUCCAAUUGGCACGAACUGUAAUUUGGGAACACUUCUAGUGGAAGUUGUGGCCAGUGUUCUCGACAAUGAGGACGACGACGACGGUCAUCUUGUAGUACUUACAAUAAUCGAAGAGCUCAUGAAUAAGACACAAGAUGAGUUUUUGGAUCAUUUCGCUCGCCUGGGAGUCUUUUCAAAAGUGCAAUCCCUAGUGGAAUCAGAAACUGAAGCUGACAGUGCCAAGCCAUCUACAAACAGUGCAACGACUAAUGCCUCAGCAGAUGAGACAAGCAGUGUAGCUUCAGGGCAACAACAAGCUCAAACAGAAGACACCAUGGAUGAUGCAAAAGAAAUUUUACAAGGCAAGGCCUAUCAUUGGCAUGAAUGGAGUAUCUGUCGAGGACGUGACUGUUUAUAUGUUUGGUCCGAUUCAGCUGCCUUAGAACUUUCCAAUGGGUCUAACGGUUGGUUCAGAUUUAUUCUCGAUGGCAAAUUGGCAACAAUGUAUUCCAGCGGCAGUCCAGAAAAUGGAAAUGAUAGUUCUGAAAAUCGGGGAGAAUUUUUGGAAAAACUUCUACGUGCCCGAUCUGCAGUACGCCCGGGUACCCCUUCUCAGCCGAUUCUGCCAACAGUGAGUGUCUUGCGGCUAGUGGUUGGUAAUUGGGUGUUACAGUCACAGAAACAAAACCAACUACAAAUCCACAAUACAGAAGGUCAUCAGGUGACAAUAUUGCAAGAUGAUUUGCCCGGUUUCAUUUUUGAAAGUAAUAGGGGUACCAAGCACACAUUCACAGCAGAAACGACAUUGGGUCCCGACUUUGCCACCGGUUGGUCCACUAACAAGAAGAAGAAAAUUAAGACUAAAACGGAAAUUCAGAAGACACAGGUGAAGAACAUGGCUCGUGACAUUUAUAACAAAUACUUCAAGGCUGCUCAGGCUGUGCCCCGUGGAGCUGUGGCCAAGUUGACAAACAUUGUGAAACGAAUUGAAUUGGCCCUGGAGGAACAAAGAAUACCAGGACAAAGCAGUUGGCAGGAUAAAUUGCGUGACGCGCUCAAUGAAUUGUCGCAACUACUGCAAGAGGAUGGAGUUGUUAGUGCUUAUGAGAUGCACUCGUCCGGUCUAGUUCAGGCGUUAGUAGCAGUUCUUUCCAAAAAUUAUUGGGACAAUGGUUUGUCUCGAAGUAAAAUGAAUAAAAUGCAAAAGCAACGCGUCAGCAUUUUCAAGCAAUGCAUCAUCAAUUGCAAUGCCAAGGGCAGUAACACCGCGUCGAUUUUAGUCCAGAAAUUAGUAGCGGUUUUGGAGAGUACCGAAAAAUUGCCUGUCUACUUGUACGACGCACCUGGUCCUGGCUAUGGCCUGCAGAUAUUAACAAAACGUUUACGUUUCCGCUUGGAGAGAGCCGCAUGCGAGACUACGCUUUUCGACCGCACUGGUCGAACCUUAAAAAUGGAACCAUUGGCCACUGUCGGUCAGCUGUCGAAAUAUUUGCUGAAAAUGGUAGCUAAGCAGUGGUACGAUAUGGAGCGCAGCACUUUCCUUUAUUUGAAGAAAUUGAGAGAACACAAGCAGGGCAUGGUCUUUAAACACCAUUAUGAUUUUGACGAAGAAGGCCUCAUUUAUUAUAUCGGGUCCAAUGGCAAAACAUGCGAGUGGGUUAAUCCUGCCCAGUACAACCUCGUACAAGUUACCAGCUCAGAGGGCAAAACAUUACCUUAUGGGAAACUAGAGGAUAUUCUCUCCCGCGAUAGUAUAUCGGUGAAUUGUCAUACUAAGGAUAACAAAAAGGCCUGGUUCGCAAUAGACUUGGGAGUCUUCAUAAUACCAAAUGCUUAUACUUUGCGACAUGCCAGGGGCUAUGGACGAUCUGCGUUGCGCAACUGGAUGCUACAAGCUUCAAAAGAUGGUGUCACUUGGACAACACUUGUUACUCAUUCGGACGACAAGAGUCUUGUUGAACCUGGCAGCACCGCAACUUGGCCGAUUGUUUGUGCUCCGGACGAGAAUCAAGGUUUCCGUCAUAUACGCAUACAGCAAAACGGUCGAAAUGCCUCCGGGCAAACACAUUACCUAAGUUUGAGUGGCUUUGAAAUAUAUGGGCGUGUCGUCAGUGUCUGCGACGACAUUGGUAAGGGAUCCAAGGAAGCUGAAGCAAAGAUUCGUCGUGAGCGUAGGCAAAUUCGUGCCCAACUGAAACACAUUACAACUGGAGCACGUGUGGUCCGAGGUGUAGAUUGGCGUUGGGACGAUCAGGACGGUGGCUGUGAGGGAACCGUAACUGGUGAAAUACACAAUGGCUGGAUCGAUGUUAAAUGGGAUCAUGGUGUAAGAAACUCGUACCGCAUGGGCGCUGAGGGCAAAUAUGAUCUAAAACUAGCCAACAGUGAUAACGUUUCAAUGUUUGAAGGAGGCUCAACCAUAACCCCAAAUACUGCUGGCAAUAGUUCUAAGAAGGGUAUAUCGCUAACGUCGAGGAAGUCAAGCUCCACACCUUCCCUACCAGAAGCUACAGAGAUUAAUCGCAAUUCGGAAGGCCCACCAGAUCAAGCUGCCUCUGCCGAUAAUUUGGCGUGGAAACAAACAGUAGAGGCCAUAACCGAAGAUGUGUUUUCAUCUGUUAAAUCUCAAAUGCUGGCUGGAAGUUCUGGUACAGCUAUUGCCACCGAUGAAAAUCAAAGUUUGCAAAACAAGAACGCAUGUAGCGGUGCUUCAGGGGGUAUAACAUCUGGAACCGCGUCAACUCUACUCCGAGAACGCGAUAAUAUAACUGAUUUAUCGGCCAUUAACAAUUCAAUGCAAGCUAUCAACGCCAAUGUGGCUUCCGAUCUUGCUACCAUCACCGAAAACUUAGCUCUAAGCGAUAAUCCGCCAGGCAUAGGUCUAGCCGCGAUUACUAGCGCCCCGGCAGGUUUUAGCACAUCAAACAGUGGUGGCAAGAAUGCCUUGGCGGCUAUAUUCGGCACUAAUUUCGGCACCGCAUCGACAGCCGCGGGAACAUCCACCUCGUCGUCCUCCACCUGUGAGGCUAAUAAUAAAAUGAAUGCCAAUAAUACGGCUGGUUCUUCUAGCGGUGGUGGUGGUGGCUUAAGUAAGGGCCUUCUGGUAAAUUUGCGCUCCGGCUCAUCAGCCAGUCAGCGAGUGUCGCAAUUUUCGACUGAGGCACUUGAAAUGAUUGACAAAAUGAGGGAUGGCGUUGACAUGUUGCGUAACAAUACAAACAAUAUCCUUACAUCGGAUAUUCUCUCUCUUCCUGGUUCUAAUUUGCUAGCAGCUGCCUGUGUCAAUAAAUCAUCCAGUUCUAGAACUGACAACGGCGAAAAUAUGAGCAACAUCAGUGUCGAAUGUCCCCAGAAUACAACAACAAAUACGUCAAGCGAUGUUUCCACGUCGAUGGAUAAGAACUGCAGCAGCGAUUCUCAAGUAGAGAGUGGUGUUUAUGCUGAACAACUUAAUGCUGAGGGAAAUCAUCCCAUCACAGUGGUCGAUGUACAAGCCCCAUCGGAAAGUGGCGGGAACAAUGAAAAUGUUGUUUCGGUUUCCGUAUCAAAUCAGAUGAGUGUCAGUGUUCCGAAUCUAACCACAACAUCCACCUCGGAGACACAAUCACAGUCGGAGACAUCAACACAUACCGGUUUAUUGGAGACUUUUGCUGCAAUGGCCCGUCGCCGCACUUCUCAGGGUACCAACUUACCAAAUAACCAAAUUAUGAAUACAUCCAACAGCAAUUCCAACGAUCGUAAUAAUCAGAACACUGGCGGUGGCUCCAAUUCAUUCUUUCCACGAGGACCCAAUUCAGUGACGAGCCUGGUUAAGUUGGCUCUAUCAUCUAAUUUCCACUCAGGUCUAUUGAGUACAGCUCAGAGUUACCCAAGUUUAUCAUCAAAUAAUGCGGCCAACACAGCUGGAUCAAAUGUAAGCUCCAGCACAGGCAACUCUUCGUCCGGGCAACAAGGCCAAACAUCAAUAAAUCCAGCUCUCACUAUGAGCCUUACAUCAACAUCCAGCGACAGUGAACAGGUUUCCUUGGAAGAUUUUCUUGAAAGUUGUAGAGCACCGGCAUUGCUUGGCGACAUGGAUGAUGACGAUGAUAUGGACGAGGACAACGAUGACGAAGAAAACGAAGACGAAUACGAGGAGGUGGGAAACACUUUAUUACAAGUAAUGGUCUCGCGGAAUUUGUUGACGUUCAUGGACGAUGAAACUCUUGAGAAUCGUUUAGCGGGUGUAACAAAACGCAAGUCAUGGGACGACGAGUUUGUAUUGAAGCGCCAGUUUUCUGCACUUAUUCCGGCUUUUGAUCCCAGACCUGGUCGCACCAAUGUUAAUCAGACAUCGGAACUGGAGAUACCAGCCCCUGGCACAAGCGCAGAUUCGAUGCGUUCACAAGAUCAGGAAGCUCUUCAGCAACCUGUUUUGGCAUUGUCUUUGCGUGGGCCUAGUAUUGGUGGAAUACCCGAUGUAGAAAUUGAGUUGGAUAACAAUGACUGGACCAUAUUUCGGGCUGUACAAGAGCUUCUACAAGCUUCUCAAAUGAACAAAACGGACAAAUUCCGAAAGGCUUGGGAACCUACCUACACUAUUGUAUAUCGAGAAGUACAGCAACCGCAAACCGAUGAUGCAAUGGAUGCUGAUGACGGCCCAAACACCCCAGUCGUAUCAUCGAAGAGUGGUGCAUCGACAUUGUCGCCGAACUCGCCCGUAAGAGGUGAAUUCAUCACAUCGGAAAACGUUAAUUGUACCGUCGAGGAUGUACUGCAGCUUUUAAGCCAACUUAAUACACUAAAUCAACAGGGGGCAAACGAAUAUGCAAACAGUACUGUUAUAGAAUCCGGCACAUACGGCAAUGCCCAUCUGCCGAAUGAGAUUUUCAUGAGCAAGAAGAUUACAAAUAAACUACAACAACAAAUUCAAGAUCCUCUUGUUUUGUCGAGCAAUUCGCUGCCGUCAUGGUGCGAAGACCUAAAUCAGUCAUGUCCCUUCUUGUUUCCAUUCGAGACUAGGCAACUGUACUUCAACUGUACUGCAUUUGGAGCGUCGAGGAGUAUCGUGUGCUUACAAUCGCAGAGAGAUGCUACGCUGGAGCGGCAACGCAUGCCUGGUCUGAGCCCUCGGCGCGACGAUCAGCAUGAAUUCCGGGUGGGUCGCCUGAAACACGAGCGUGUAAAAGUGCCUCGUGAUGAGAAUCUAUUGGAAUGGGCCAUGCAAGUGAUGAAAGUGCAUUGCAAUCGUAAAUCUGUUUUGGAAGUUGGCUUUAUGGGCGAAGAGGGAACUGGUCUAGGACCAACAUUGGAGUUUUUCGCAUUGGUGGCAUCUGAGUUACAACGGUCGGAUCUUUGCAUGUGGCUGUGUGACGACGAACAACCAAUCCCUAAUGACAGUGACAGCAAAGGCGACACCGAACUAAGCACAUCCUCGGCAACAUGCGUAAAAGAUGGCACUAAGCCUAUUGGAUACUAUGUAAAUCGUCGAGAAAACGGUCUCUUUCCAGCACCCUUACCUCAAGAUUCGGAGGUUUGUGAAAAAGCUUGCCGAUAUUUCUGGUUCUUAGGCGUCUUUAUUGCUAAAGUAUUGCAAGACAUGCGCUUGGUAGAUCUACCACUUUCGAACUCAUUUCUCCAGCUGUUGUGUCACAAUAAAAUGCCUUCGGCUAGCUCAAAUUCUCAUGUUAGGCCGUCAACCGUCACAGACGACUUAAUGGUCUCAUCGAUAAUGUCUGAAGACUCGGAAUUAGCUGACACAUGUUCGAAAUUGCUUGGCGCAACAUACCACUCCGAGUCCAGAUGGUAUGACGGUAUUUUGACUUACGAAAAUCUUGCCGAAAUUGAUCCCAUACGCUAUGAGUUCAUCAAGGAAAUUCAAGAUUUGUUGGCUCGAAAGCAAGCUAUUGAAUGCGAUUUAAAUAUUUCGUCAGAACAACGUCAACUGGCCAUUGCAGAUUUGAAGUUACGAACUCGAAAUGGCACCGAAGUUAAACUGGAUGAUAUGGCAUUAACAUUUACUUAUCUGCCGAGCUCAUCAGUGUACGGAUAUGAGUAUGUUGAAUUGGUACCCAAUGGUGUAGACAUCGACGUAAACAUAAAUAACUUGGAAGAAUAUUGCGAUUCAUUGAUUAAUUUCUGUUUACAAGACGGCAUUGCCAAACAAAUGGACGCCUUCCAUAGUGGAUUUUGUGAAGUAUUUCCUUUGAAGAAAUUGGCCGCUUUUAGUCCGGCCGAAGCACGCAUGAUGAUAUGUGGUGAACAGCAUCCAGAAUGGACUAGGGAGGAUCUCAUAAACUAUACUGAACCGAAAUUGGGAUAUUCGAAGGAUAGUCCCGGAUUUUUGCGAUUCGUAAAUGUGCUCAUGAGCAUGACUGGCCCUGAGCGAAAAGCUUUUCUUCAAUUUACGACAGGUUGUAGCAGCCUCCCGCCAGGCGGCUUAGCUAAUCUACAUCCUCGGUUGACUGUCGUUCGAAAGGUCGAUGCCGGAGAAGGCAGCUAUCCCUCAGUUAAUACCUGUGUCCACUACUUAAAACUACCUGAUUAUCAGACAGAAGAGAUUAUGAAGGAACGUCUACUAACCGCAACCAGAGAAAAGGGUUUCCAUUUGAAUUAAUUCAAUCCAUUAAUGUUAUUUGUAAAGAUUUUU